AUGUCCACUAGUAUUCCUGUUAAGAAAGCUCUUGGUGCAUUACUUCGUGAUCCAGGAAAUUCUAUAUGUGCAGAUUGUAAGAGUCAAUCACACCCUCGUUGGGCAUCUUGGUCUCUGGGUGUCUUUAUAUGUAUUAGAUGUGCAGGUGUUCAUAGAUCCUUAGGUACUCAUGUUUCAAAAGUUAAAUCAGUUGAUUUGGAUACUUGGAAAGAAGAACAUUUAAAAGAAUUGAUUCGAAUGCAAAAUAAUAUUAAUGCAAAUUUGUAUUAUGAAUGCCGAUUAAACGAUGAUAUUAAAGAUAAUUUAAAACAAUCAUUAUUAGAUACAAAUAAAUUACAAACUUUCAUUAGAGCUAAAUAUGAAGCUAAAAAAUGGAUUGGUGAACAUAUACCAAAUAAAAAAGAUUUAUCCUUACCAAAGAAAGAAAAUUUAUUAGAUGAUAGUAGUCAUAGUAAUAGUAAUGCCUUAUUAAAUGUUAAUUCUCCAAAUGAUUUAUUAAGUGACAGUAUGAAUCAAUUAAAUAUUAACAAUACCAAUAAUACCAAUAAUAAUAGAAAUAAUAGUAAUAAUUUAACAAAAUUUAGUGGUAACAGUAAUAAUAAUAGUUUAGUUAAUUUAGAAAAAUUAUCAUCAUCAAUAUCAAAUGGAUCAGCAUCAAAUAUUACUAGUAAUAAUAAUAAUAAUAAUAAUAAUAAUAAUAAUAGUACAAGUUCAAAUAAUAGUAUUAAUACAAAUAGUAAAUUAAAUCAAAGACCAGAUCUUAAGAAAUCAAUAUUGUCACUUUAUUCAAAAUCUAAUACUAAUGUAAGAACUCCAACAAAUAAUACUAAUACUAAUAUGUCAUUAUCGUCAUUAACAUCGUCAACUACAAAAUUACAAAAUACUAGUAAUAAUAAUAGCAAUAUUUCAACUACUUGGUCAUCUACCCUUAAUAAUAGUAAUAGUACUAGUAAUAAUAAUUCAGCAUUAUCAUUGGAUGAUAACGAAUUAUUUAAAAAUGUAUGGUCAUAA